AUGGAUCCGCGACCGGUGGUGGUCGUCGUGGGUGCGGGAAUGGCGGGCGUGACUGCCGCGCGCACGUUGCAGCAAUCGGGGUGCGUGCGCGUGCUGCUUCUAGAGGCCAGUGACAGGCUUGGGGGCCGAAUCCACUCCGCCACGUUCGGGGGCGACCUCGUGGAGCUGGGCGCGAACUGGAUCCAUGGCAUUCACGGCAGCCCUCUCUACGCCAUCGCACAGGAGCAAGGACUCAUGCAGUCCCCUGGGUCUGGCUGCCUAGAGGCGAAUGGGAAGAUACAGGGUGGUGCUGUGGGGGCGGCUGGGAAGGGGCAAGGGCAGAAGAGGCUGUGGAAGGGGGUGAAUCGGUGGAAAAAGGAGGGCGGGGAGGAGAUGGAUGCAGGCGUGGUGAAGGAGGUGAAACGCGUGUUCAGGCGGCUUCUGAGGGAGGCGCAGCUGGUGGGGUCGCGGGUGGGGGAAGGGAAGCAGCAGCAGGCGCGGUUUAUGGACAAGAGUGGAAGAGAGGUGACGAUCGAUGAGAGUGUGGGGCAGUACAUUCACGAGGGCAUGCUGCAAUACCUGGCCAAGCAAGGCUGGACCCACCAGGAAACCACCCCAGAGCAGCAGCAGCAACAGUUUCAGAAUGGCAGCAUGAGCAAUAACGGCGAAAAUGGCUGCGACAGUGACAGCGAUGACGAGGACGAGGAUGACGACGACGAGGACAGGUGGGAGGAUGAUUGGACUGGAGCCACAAUACUCUGCAAUGCCGGCGACUCAGCUGUCGCCUUCCAAGACUCUGCCAGUGCUAGUGCCGGUCCCUCCGUUGCUGCUACUAUGCCCGCUCAAGCGUCUGAACCAGCAUCAUCACCACCAGCACCAUCAGCAGCACCAUUAGCAGCAGCAGCACCGUCACCAGCUGCGAGCAGAAGCGAGCAGGCAGUGGAAGUGGAGUGGGCGUCAGAGGCAGUGAACGUUGAGGGUGGCGGUGUGGCAGCAGCUGGGAGCAGCAACGAGCGGGCAGGUGUCGAGAAUGUGGAGUGGGAGUCAGAGGCAGUGCGUGCGAGGGCGGCGGUGUGGCAGCAGAGGGAGCGGCUGGAGUGCACCAUCAGUGCCUGCCACUCCACGCACCACCUCUCCCUGCGCUACUUCGGGGAAUACGAGGAGUUUGGAGGGCCGCAUGUCACCAUCGCCCAGGGUUACUCCCGCAUUGUGGAGCAUCUAGCAUCGAGCCUCCCUGCUGGUACCAUCCGGCUCAACUCCCCGGUGUCACAGAUUCAUUGGACUCCUCUUACCUCGUGCUUGGUAGGCGACCACUGCCGAGAGGAGUUACAUGCAGGGUCAGCAGUAGCAGCAGGAGGAGGAGCAGCAACACUGGAGCAGCAGCAGGGGGGAGAGGAGGGGGAGAGAAAGCCAGUGUGUGUGGUGUUGGAGGGAGGAGAGAAGGUCUACGCGGACCAUGUGAUUGUAACGGUGUCACUAGGCGUGCUUAAAGAGAGAGCUGCUGGGAAGGACGCCGAUUCCGUGCCCGAGCGGAACCUUUUCUGCCCGCCUCUGCCCGAGACAAAACUGGGUGCUAUUCGGCGGCUUGGCUUUGGAGUAGCUGACAAAGUGUUCCUGCAGUUCCCACAGCCGGCGGUUUUUGGGGAGGACACAGCAGAGUUGGAGAUAGUGUGGGACGUGCCGGCUCAACCCCUCGCUCCGCCAACACACUGGCCUGGCCCUUGGUGGGACUCAGAUGCUGCCCAUGCUGAUUCUGAUGCGAAUGCUGCUGGUGCUGUUGAUAUCUCGGCUCGCUUCCCUGCAUGGACGCGCAAGCUUUUCUCCUUCCACCCAGUCAACGCGCAGUCGCGAGUGGUGCUGGCGUGGAUAGCCGGGAAAGAGGCAUACGACAUGGAGUCCUGGCAUGGGGAAGAAAGGACAGAGGAGAGAGAGUGUGAGCUCGAGAACGGAUCAAGCGUCUGUAAUGGCAGCAUGGCUGCCAAGGCUAGUAUCGCGCAAGCUGAUUCUGCUAGCGGCGCUGCUGCUACUGCUACUGCUACUGCUACUGCUACUGCUUCUGCUACUGCUACUGCUACUGCUACUGCUACUGCUGCUGCUACUGCUACUGCUGCUGCUGGUGAGGCGAAUGGUUUAGCCCAGUUGACAACCGCCACUACCACCACUGCCUCCCCCACUCCCCCUCACUUCAACCGCACGCUCUGCAACGUUAUCCGGCAUUUCCUUCCAAAAGAAACCGCCGCACGGCUCCCAGAGGCCGUGGCUGGGCUGCGCACGCAGUGGGGGUCGAACCCUCUGUUCCGAGGGUCGUACUCGUUUGUGCCUCCUGGGGGCUCUGGGGAGGACUUGAACAUCAUGGCUCUGCCUGUGCCUGGUGGAGCAGCAGCAGCAGCAGAAGGAGAAGCAGGAGCAGAAGCAGCAGUGAAGCUGCAGGUGCUGUUUGCAGGGGAGGCCACGGAAAGGCACCACUACUCCAACACGCAUGGGGCGUACCUGUCAGGAAUCAGGGAAGCAGGGAGGCUCAUAGCUCUCUACGGCUCCCAUGGCUAG